AUGAUGGAUGUCACCUGUUUCAAUUCAUCCAGAAGAGUUUCAUUCGAUGAGCAACGAUUGAAAACAUUUGUUUACGACAAAGAUACCAUUGAUGGCUCAUCGGAAAUAUUACACAUUAAGUCACCUUUCACCGAUCCAAACGCACCUCCAAGUCGGAUAACGGUUGUUGCGGAAGAAUCGGAAAUGCCGACAACGAUAAUGCCACCAGCACAAAUUGAAGAUGCUCAAAAUGCAGCUGCAGUUAGUAGUCCUCCUCUUCCAGCACUUGUUAAAAGGGUAGAAAAUGAAUUAACAGAUAAUCCGUUUCGCCCAGAAGAAUCUCUGUUUCAUGAGGUUGAUCCUAUCGUCGAAGCAUACAAAAGAAAGCCUUAUCCACCAUCGCUGCCCGGUUCGCAAAAUACAACACCUGUGAGAAGCGGUAGUCAAACAUAUUUAAACGGCAUUUCACCAUCAUCAUUAGUGCCAAAUAAAGGAAUGGAGCCUGAAGUGACAGGUACAACACCGUUGAUGAAUAUUAAUGAUCGAGUUGGUUUGGAAGAUGGUAUGGCUGAUUUGCCAAAAGCUCGACAAGUGGAGUGUGUGCGCAUCGAAAAAAAGAAGAAGCGCACAUCAAUGAAGGGACUGUUAUUUAUCAAAUAG